GGGUCCCCCCGCUGCUACGACAUCUCAUUCAAGUCACUGAGAUGAAUUUCCAAUGUCUAUGAAAUGUGAAGAGUGACGAUGGCGUUUACUCCCUCCCCGACCAUCGCCACUAGGCACCAGACUUAGUCUUCUUCUCGUUCGACAGCUUCCUUCCCCUCCAUCCCCUUCAUUUUUUGUGUUAACUUAGACUCUAGACUCCACUCAACAUUUUCGUUUUAUUGUUCUUCUCUUCUUCUCUCGAACCAAACCCAUAAGCUUUUCAAAUUUCGUUAGUCUUACAUCUCUACUCUCUACUCCACUUAUUCUUCAUCCUGUCGUUCAUUUAUCAAGUAAAGUUUCGAUUAUGAUCGGCACCGCCUCAUGUACCAGACCACUGCAUCAAGCGUUGAUCCCGUUAGCGAUCAGUGUUCCACCUGCUGCACUUUUUAUAAGCGGGAAGACGGGACGGGCUGAGAUGGAAGAAGAAUUGGACACACAGCCUGCAAUAGAAAGGCAAACACCGCCAAGCAUCGAUUACUUGAUUGAAAUCACUAAUUUUUCCAAACGGGAGAUUCAACAAUUGUAUAGAUCGUUCAAGGAGUUAUGGCCAAUUGGAACUGUCGACUUAGAGCAAUUUCAGUUAAUUUAUGCGAGUAUAUUUCCAAAUGGAGACUCAAAAGGUUACGCGGAACUUGUCUUCAAAAAUAUUGAUCAAAACCGAGUGGGUACUGUGACUUUUUUGGAUUUCAUCACAAACUACUCCAAAAUUGCAAAAGGGACACUUGACGAACGACUCGACUGGAUAUUCACUCUCUAUGACACCAAUCGAUGCGGUUUCCUAGCUUACAACGAGAUUUUCCAUGUUGUGAAAUCGAUGUAUCAGAUGAUGGACUCGUCACUGAAGCCAGCUGUUCUUGCGACCAUAUGUCGGCAACAUGUUAAAAUUGUGUUCAAGAACCUCAACAUUGCAAAUAACGGAAAAGUUUCCAAAGCCGAAUUUCUUCAACGAUGCCGUUCCGAUUCAGACAUUUUAGCAUCGAUGGAGUUGUUUGGCUCAUUCUCAAGCGGAUUAUUAAAUAUCUAGCCUUUCCUGAUAUUUUGUUUGUAUUUUUUUGUUAUCACCCACGUUUCCUUAUUAUCUAUCAGCAACAUUACCAAACCUCUUUCCUUCUCCUUCGUUGUGAAUCUCAUAAUCAUUUCUAUGAAAUUGUGAAUAUUGCCUAUCGAAAAGUAAAAGUUCAAAAGUU